AUGAUCUCGCUUGGAGGUACUAUCGGUACAGGUCUUUUCUUGGCUUCUGGUGCAUCAAUUGCCAACGCAGGUCCUGGCGGUGCAUUGAUUGCCUAUGCUCUCAUUGGUAUCAUGGUAUUCUUCAUGAUGGAGUGUCUUGGUGAAAUGGCUACUUUUCUUCCAAUCUCGGGGAGUUUUAACAAUUAUGCUGGUCGUUUUAUCGAUCCAGCCUUGGGUUUUGCUUUGGGUUGGAACUACUGGUAUAACUGGGCUGUCACUCUGGCUGUAGAACUUACUGCCGGUUCAAUGGUUAUGGCUUUCUGGGCUCCAUGGGUUCCUGGAUACGUUUGGUCAAUUGUAUUCUUGGUUCUUGUCCUUAGUCUCAACUUGUUUUCAGUAAAGGGUUAUGGUGAAGCGGAGUACUGGUUUGCUCUCAUCAAAGUCUUGACUGUCAUUGUCUUCAUUUUCCUUGGAAUUCUUGUCGACACUGCUGUCUUGGGCGAUGUCUACUAUGGUGUCGAAGUAUUCAGAUCUGGUGGCGUCAGAGGUACUGGUAUCCUCAGCACCUUCCUGACUGCCGGUUUCUCGUUCCAGGGUACAGAGUUGAUUGGUGUGGCUGCAGGAGAGAGUGAAAAUCCUCAAAAGAACGUUCCAAAGGCUAUCAAACAGGUCUUUUGGCGUAUCGUUUUAUUCUACAUCCUUUCGAUCUUCAUUAUCGGUCUUAUUAUUCCCUUUGAUGACCCUAUGCUUCUCAAGAAUGAUGUUGGAGAUGUUUCUGUUUCGCCUUUCACUCUUGUUUUCCAAAGAGCUGGAAUUCAACCUGCUGCUCACCUUAUGAAUGCUGUCAUUUUAACUACCGUUCUUUCGGCCGGUAACUCCGGACUUUAUGCUUCCAGCCGAACUCUUUAUGACCUUGCCUGCGAAAACAAGGCACCCCGUGUGUUUAAGAAAGUCACCAAGGCUGGAAUUCCCAUCUACUGCGUUCUCUUGACUGGCCUAAUUGGUAUGCUUGCCUUCUUGACCUCUCUGUUUGGAAAUGGUGUCGUUUAUAACUGGCUUUUGAACAUCUCUGGUGUUGCUGGUUUCAUUGCCUGGCUCGGUAUUGCCGCAUCUCAUUACCGGUUCCGUCAAGCCUAUGUCGCCCAGGGUCAUCUUGUGUCCGACUUGCCGUUCAAGGCCCGUCUUUUCCCUGUCGGCCCCAUCUUCGCCUUCCUCAUCUGUUCGUUUGUCUUGGUCGGCCAGGGCUAUGACGCCUGGUCUGCAGAUCCUGUUGACCCAUUGGAUAUCGUGGCCUGCUAUAUUGGUAUUCCCAUCGUGCUCAUCUUUUAUUUUGGAUACAAGAUUGUCAUGAAAUCAAAGUUUAUUCCUUUGAUGGAAGUUGAUCUUGAUACCGGACGUGAAGAAAUUCUUAGGUAA